GUUACGCUCCCCAGCGCCUUAGAGCCGGCCCUGCUAUACGCACCGUGCCCCCAUGAUCUAGGAUGUCCGAAGCUAGGUCUGAGUGUGUGCUCAUUCCCUGUGAAAUGGCAAGUCAUACGCGCUGACGGUAAAAAAUCCCCUCGUGAGAGAGCAGGAUUUGAAAGUGGAAAAUUCUCGUUUAUGAUCCUUGAAAAAGGCAUUCGUCAGCCUCAAACAAGCAUGGCAAGGAUACUCAAAACAAAUUACAAUCGUACCGAACUACCUGUUUUUUGUUGUUGAAU